CGAAAGAACACACAGAUUUUUCCUCCAAAAUCCCUUUCUUUUCCUUUUCCCGAGGUUUUAGGCUUUUAUUCAUUUUUAUUUAUUUACUUUUUUUUUCUCGCAUUAUUUGUUCGAAGGUUCCAUCUUUGCAAGUUCAAUCCUGUAUCUGUUCGCAGCAAUAGGGUAUAGUCGUAUAGACAUUAAUCCGAGCUCGUUCUCAUCUUGCAGAGGCUCUGGAAGAACACCCAGGAGUAUUUAGCUGCUUCUUUCCGUUGCAAUGGUCUCUUCGUCUUCAAUCUCUACUUGUUCCCUCAAUGACAGUGUAUUUGUUCGAAGAGCAGCGGCUGUUUCUGCAAACCAAUGCCAGCAGGAGUGUAGGUACUCCUCUUCAAGACUGAUAUCUAAACGAUCACUUCUUUCUCAGUCAAUUUCAGUGUCAACUCGCUCAAGCGGGUUCCUUUCCAUUGAGCAAAAUACUGGAAGAACCUCACAAAGAAGCAAAGGCCGAUGUCAUGCCUUGGAGCUGGAGGUUCAGAAAUCAUCUCCAUUUUCUGUAGGAGAGAAGUUUCAACUUGAUGAUGUGAUAGAGGCUCAGCAGUUCGAUAGAGAUACUCUGAGUGCCAUAUUUGAAGUGGCACGCGAGAUGGAGAAAAUUGAGAAGAACUCCCCUGGUAGCCAAAUUUUAAAGGGUUAUCUAAUGGCUACCCUGUUUUAUGAGCCUUCCACAAGAACUAGGCUUUCCUUUGAGUCUGCCAUGAAAAGGUUGGGUGGAGAAGUUUUGACAACAGAAAAUGCACGUGAGUUUUCAUCUGCAGCAAAAGGAGAGACCCUAGAAGAUACCAUAAGAACUGUUGAAGGAUACUCGGAUAUUAUUGUGAUGAGGCACUUUGAAAGUGGUGCUGCCAGAAGAGCAGCGGCUACAGCUAAUAUUCCUAUUAUUAAUGCUGGAGAUGGUCCAGGACAGCAUCCAACACAGGCACUUUUGGAUGUAUACACAAUUGAGAGAGAGAUAGGCAAACUGGAUGGCAUCAAAGUUGGUCUUGUUGGAGAUCUUGCUAAUGGAAGGACAGUCCGUUCACUGGCAUAUCUGCUUGCCAAGUACCAAGGUGUUAAGAUCUACUUUGUCUCACCAGAUGUGGUAAAGAUGAAGGAUGAUAUAAAAGACUAUCUCUCAUCUAAGGGGGUUGAAUGGGAAGAAAGUGCAGAUUUGAUGGAAGUGGCAUCAAAGUGUGAUGUAGUCUAUCAGACUCGCAUUCAGCGAGAAAGGUUUGGUGAGAGGACUGACCUGUAUGAAGAAGCUCGAGGGAAGUAUAUUGUGGACCUGGAUGUGUUGGGUAUGAUGCAAAAGCAUGCUAUUGUCAUGCACCCCCUCCCAAGGCUGGAUGAGAUUACAGUGGGUGUUGAUGUGGAUCCUAGAGCUGCCUACUUCAGACAAGCAAAGAAUGGUCUCUACAUCCGGAUGGCUCUUUUGAAGCUUCUGCUUGUUGGCUGGUGAUGGAUGCUGGAUCCUUUAUGCUUUUCUUUUUGUUUGCUAGCCAAUGCUUGCGCACUUUAUGCUGCUUAUGCCCAGAAUGGUAAGUUACUUGACUUGUUUAUUGAAGGAAGUUACCCUCUUCCACUUCCCUUUCAAUAACACUAGUUCAUAGCCCCUUCACCAUUUACAAGCACAAGUUGGCAGAGACAUUAUUCAAACAGCUGGCCUGAGCCCUGAACUCAAACAUUUGGCUAAUUUGGCUGGUCAGAAUUGAACAUAAUAGAUAAUUGAGAAUAUAAUUUAGAAGGCUAUGAUUAUUAUUAUAUUCGCAAGUUCAGAUGGGUAUGAUAAUCUAAAAUAUUUCUUUUAGGAGCAUAUCUGGAAAUACAUUUCUUUCAAGGACUAAACGAUUACAAGUGUUUGCCAUUAGGGCAAAACAAGAUGGAGUUGCUUCUUGUUACUGUGUUCUACUUGACAAGAUUGUCCUUCAUAUUGUUUUAUUUAACCACAUUGGGCUGAAAAAAAUUGAAGGUUGUUGUCAAGUAUCAA